CAUCAUGAUUAUAUGCUCAGCUUUAGGUGCCGUCUUCUGAACUCCGCCCCAUCAUGUGACUGAUCACAUGACAAUGACAUCAUCACAGGUCCUGUAGUGUGUAGUGGGAUUGAGCGUCUUCUGUUGUUGUGCGUGCACAAUCCUAUAAGCUGAAGCUUCUCCACGUUCUCCUCCAAAAGAUGAUGAAGUUUUUAUUGAAUACCGAACCAAAGAUGGAAAAGGAAAAAAAUGAGAUGACCAAAGGAAUAUUAAACCUCACUCUGGAGAUCAUCUAUCAGCUUACAGGAGAGGAUUACACGAUUGUAAAGAAAACGUCUAGUAAUUGUGCAACAUCCAAAAGCCAUUCCCUGUUAUCGGGUGAAAGGAGCAAAAUUGGGAGAAUCCAUGAGAGGAACAAUGAGCAGAAGAUCCUAGAACUCACCCACAAGAUGAUGGAGCUGCUGACUGGAGAGGUUCCUAUAAGGUGUCAGGAUGUCACUGUCUAUUUCUCCAUGGAGGAGUGGGAGUAUAUAGAAGGACACAAGGAUCUGUACCAGGACAUAGUCAUGAUGGAGGACCACCGGCCCCGAACAUCACCACCGGAUGGAUCCAGGAAGAGGAACCCACCAGAGAGAUGUCCUGCUCCUCUGCAUUCCCAGGACUGUCCGAGGGGAGAUGACAAUGUCCUACAGGAUGAUCAGUUAAAUCCGGGUGAAGAUUUGAUUGAUAUUAAAAUUGAAGUUAUAGAUGGAGAUGAAGAAGUGAAGGAUCAGCGGUGUAAGGAGGAGGAGAUCUCUGUAGGUAUCGGCUCAG